CGCAACUCUACGAAUCAUUGUGGAACAAUCAUUUGAAUAGAAUUCAUCACUUUACAUCAACUUCAUUGACUACGAAAAAGCAUUUGACAGCAUGGACAGAAAAACACUAUAGAAGCUUCUUCGACACUACGGCGUGCCUCAGAAGAUAGUCAAUAUAAUACAGAAUUCAUAUGAUGGAUUAAACUGCAAAAUUGUGCACGGAGGACAGUUGACAAAGUCGUUCGAAGUAAAGACCGGUUUCAGGAGAGGUUGCUUACUCUCACCCUUUCUCUUUCUCCUGGUGAUCGGCUGGAUCAUGAAGACGUCAACAUCUGAAGGGAAGCACGGGAUACAAUGGACAUCUAGGAUGCAGUUGGACAAUCUAGACUUCGAAGAUGAUCUGGCCCUUCUAUCCCAAACGCAACAACAAAUUCAGGAGAAGACGAACAGUGUGGCAGCAGCAUUAGGUCUCAAUAUACACAAAGGGAAAAGCAGGAUUCUCCGAUACAACACAGCAUGCACCAAUCCAGUCACAAUUGACGGAGAAGAUUUGGAAGAUGUAAAAACCUUUACAUAUCUGGGCAGCAUCAUUGAUGAACAGGGUGGAUCUGAUGCAGAUGUGAAGGCGCGGAUCGGCAAAGCAAGAGCAGCAUAUUUACAACUGAAGAACAUCUGGAACUCAAAGCAACUGUCAACCAACACAAAGGUCAGGAUUUUCAAUACAAAUGUCAAGACAAUUCUACUGUAUGGGGCAGAAACCUGGAGAACAACGAAAGCCAUCAUCCAGAAAAUACGGGUGUUUAUUAACAGUUGUCUACGCAAAAUACUUCGGAUCCGUCGGCCGGACACUAUUAGCAACAACGUACUGUGGGAGAGAACAAACCAGAUCCCAGCGGAGGAAGAAAUCAGGAAGAAGCGCUGGAAGUGAAUAGGACACACAUUGAGGAAAGCACCCAACUGCGUCACAAGACAAGCCCUCACAUGGAAUCCUCAAGGCCAAAGGAAAAGGGGAAGACCAAAGAACACAUUACGCCGGGAAAUUGAAAUAGACAUGAGAGAAAUGAACAAGAAUUGGAUGGAACUAGAAAAGAAGGCCCAGGACAGAGUGGGUUGGAGAAUGCUGGUCUGCGGCCUAUGCUCCAUUAGGAGUAACAGGCGUAAGUAGGUAGGUUUUCAACACCUUAGCAGUAAAUCUGAGGAUCAAUAGUUGUUUUGGUAACUUCAGUUUUUGUACAUCAAUCAGAAGUUUUGGUUUCUCUUUGUUAUUUCGCAGUAAUAAAUACAACUGGUUUGCUUUAUUGUUGAAUAUCAUAUGCUCCAGAUGAAGACAUUUCUCAGUCAGAAAGUCGGUGCUUUAAGGUGGUAAAACCGAUUAAAUCCGGAGUUUCACUCAACGCCAGUACACGCAGAAACUGAUAAACCCCUUCAGAAACAUUCCAAUAUUGAGUUGUUAAGCGAGUGACAAGAACUCAACUGGCGGUUGCAUUUUUGUGAAAAUAACUUCAAACCACAUUAAAAAACUCUAAUUCUCAUAACUGCUUUUUCUCAACCCAUCUUCCUGAAAGUAUCCUGGCUUGUUUCUCAUAUUAGGUACUAAGUUGACUUACGUGGCCUACUUAAAGACCUUCGUUACGUAAUACUAGUCUGCAUGACUCACAUAUAUGUCUACUAAAUAUUACUAAAGCACUGGUAUCUAUCUUAUCCGACUAGUGAGUUGUAAUCAUCAGAAAAACAUAAUAACCUGCUUCGUAUGGCAAACCUCUACCUAAUGUUUCACUCCGUGGUAAACCAAGGUGACGUACAAAGGACCCCUUGUGCUGUUUGAAUUUAAAUUUUUGUACUCAUAUGGGAUUUGUUAACUUAUGAGCAACUAACAAGAAAAUCCAACCUUUAAGUGAAUUAUGCAGUAGCUCUUUGCAACACCUAAGUGGACUUAAUCAAACUUUUAGGCAGAUUAGUAAAAUCAAAUGGUGUUCGCUGGCAGCGACAUCCGCCUUAUUGCCCCCAAAAUGCCCUGGUACGGCCGAGAGUGGGGAGGGUCCGCUUUCUGACUAAGGAUUUGACGACGUUGUUUACAAAGAUUUGGGAACUAGAGAGUGUACCAACGUCAUGGAAUGAGUCGAUAGUUGUCCCUAUCUUAAAAAAGGGUUCACGUCGUUCCUGUAACAACUAUGGGGGGAUAAGUCUACUUCCGAUUGCGUCCAAGGUAUUGGCUUCCGUCAUACUUCGUAGAUUGUUCAAAACCCGAGAAAGAUUGACUCGCGAGGAGCAGGCUGAGUUUCCUUCUGGUCGAGGAUGUAUUGAUCAUAUCUUCACCCUCCGCCAAAUGUUAGAACACCGUCAUACUUAUUGCAGGCCAACAAUCAUAGUGUUUGUUGACAUCAGGGCUGCCUUCGAUUAGUUGAACAGGACUGUUCUCUGGUAUUGUCUAUUGAAGAAGGGUGUGCAUGAGAAGUUUAUUAACAUCCUAAAAGCCCUAUAUACAAACACCUCAGGCAGAGUGAGGGCAUUCAACCACCUUUCUCCAUUGUUCUAUUCGAGCAGUGGGGUUAGGCAGGGUUGCCCAAUCUCACCAUUCCUCUCCAAUUUUGCCAUCGAUGACAUUCUGGAAACAGCUCUGAUGGAUGUAAGUAAUGGUGGUGUGGAUCUGUUGCCUGGAGAAAGACUUCUCGACCUUGAGUAUGCGGACGAUAUUGUCUUACUGUGCGAUAAUGCCCAAGGCAUGCAAUCCGCACUUAAUCAGUUGGCAAUCAGUGUCCGUAGGUAUGGUAUGUGCUUUGCACCUUCGAAGUGCAAAGUACUUCUACAAGACUGGCAGGAUCCUAAUCCUGUACUCACCCUAGAUGGUGAGCAGAUAGAAGUAGUCGAGAAGUUUGUGUAUCUGUAUAAGUGCUGGUGGGGGUGUGAGUGAUGAGAUCAAUGCACGUAUAGUGAAAGCUAGAGAGGCUUAUGCCAAUCCGGGCCACCUUUGGCGCCUUCGUGAUGUUAGUCUGGUCGUAAAAGGUCGGAUUUACAACGCGUCGGUGAGAGCAGUUUUGCUCUAUGCUUGUGAAACCUGGCCUCUCCGAGUUGAGGACGUUAGACGACUCUCUGUGUCCGAUCAUCAUUGUCUCCGAAGGAUUGCUGACAUCCAGUGG